GGACCGGAGCUUUCUACCGAUCCUCUGGGCUUCAGACUGGAUGAAACUACCAUGCUUCCGAUGAGAGCAGUAUGGGUGAAUCCGAACCAGCUGGAUGAAGUUAUGGAUGAGGUGGAGCAACUGGAUUUGGCUCCUAACAAUGAAGUGCACCCUGAGGCAGAGAUGGAUGGUGGCCUUGGGGCAGACCCAGACUUGUUGGGCGUUGAGGCCAUUUUGAACAGGAAAGUGAUCUCAUCCGCUGCAAGAACUCAGCAAUUUAUGACAACUGGACUUGGUGGGGAGCAGAGCACGUUAGGUGGCCAGAACCAAGGUUAAAAUGGACGUCCUUCUCAAGGUGAU